UUCUAAAACCCAAAACCCACAACUCAAAACAUCUUCUUUCCUCCUUAAUCUUACCAAAAUGGAAUCUUUCUGUAAUGGGUACUCAAAAAGUCUCUCUUUUACUGUUCUAAUGGUGGCACUAACCUCUUUCCUCAUGGUUGCUUCUGCUGGAAACUUUUAUCAAGAUUUUGAUCUCACAUGGGGUGAUCAUCGGGCCAAGAUUUUCAAUGGAGGCCAGCUUCUUUCACUUUCCUUGGAUAAAGUAUCCGGGUCGGGUUUUAAAUCCAAGAAAGAGUAUUUGUUUGGGAGGAUCGAUAUGCAGCUGAAGCUUGUUUCAGGCAACUCUGCUGGAACUGUCACUGCUUAUUAUUUGUCAUCUGAAGGACCAACUCACGAUGAAAUCGACUUUGAGUUUUUAGGGAACACAACAGGUGAUCCUUACAUCUUGCAUACGAAUGUCUUCACUCAAGGAAAAGGAAACAGAGAGCAACAAUUCUAUCUAUGGUUUGAUCCAACCAAGAACUUCCACACCUACUCAAUCAUCUGGGAUUCUCAAAAGAUAGUUUUCUUGGUGGAUAACACUCCUAUAAGAGUAUUCGCAAAUGCUGAGAGAAAAGGUGUUGCUUUUCCUAAAAACCAACCUAUGAAGAUAUACUCGAGUUUAUGGAACGCUGAUGAUUGGGCUACGAGGGGUGGUUUGGUCAAAACUGAUUGGUCAAAGGCACCAUUUACUGCUUACUAUAGAAACUUCAAUGUUCAGGGGUCGACUUCUUCAAGGUUCUUGAAUGGAGCAUGGCAAAGUCAGGAACUUGAUGCAUAUAGUAGAAGAAGAUUGAGAUGGGUUCAGAAGAAUUUCAUGAUUUAUAAUUAUUGCUCAGAUUUAAAGCGGUUUCCUCAAGGUUUACCUAAAGAGUGUAGAUAGGGUUUAAAUGUUUGUUUCUGAUAAUGGUGUCUGUACACACGUAUCAUUGGUGAUGAUUAUUUUCUGUAGUUUGUAAUCAAGUUCUUGUUAAUUAAUGUCAUAUGUUAAGUUAAUAAAUAACUUUAUUUGUUCUC